AUUGAGCAAACACUAAUGUGCGGCGCCAGUGGAUAAGUGUGAGAGACCCCGGAAAACGGAAGAAGUGAACUUGACACUGACUGGUUCGUUAGUUACUGGCAAAACAAUAACCAUUACUAAAGUUGUGCUCGGAACAAUGUACAGGUUAUCAACAGAUGGUAGAAGGUGGGUGUUGUCCAGUCGGUGACUCUGACCAUCCAUCUCCAUUAUGGUGCUGUGCAGCAGCAUGCUGGCUGUGGCAUUCCUCUUGUCUCAGGCUGGGGGGUUCCUGCACUCUUUGGAAGAGGAUGCCCUUCCUAAGGAGUGGGUGCUGCUCCACAUGGUGCAGGGCCACAUCGGGGCAGGCAACUACAGCUACCUUCGGCUCAACCACGAUGGCAAGAUCAUCCUGCACAUGCGCAGCCUCAAGGGUGAUGCAGACCUGUACGUCUCGGACAAAACUCUGCGGCCCAGCUUUGACACCUACAAGCUGCAGUCGGUCACCUGUGGCCAGGAUGUGGUCGUAGUGCCUGGAGACUUUGGGAGGCCCGUGGGGAUUGGCAUUUAUGGCCACCCGUCGCACCAGGAGAGCGAGUUUGAGAUGAGGGUGUUUUACGAUCAGACUUCCCUCCAGGACCCGUUUGAUAAAAGGUCGUACCCCUCGGAGGAGGACCGGGGGAAGCAGAAAUACUCUCCAGCUCCAGAGGAUGACUUCCAGGAAGAGGAGUCCAUCUUCUGGACUAUUUUAAUUGGGAUUCUGAAGAUUAUACUUGAAAUUUUGUUCUAAUAAAUGUGUGCUGCUGCUCUCUGCCAUGUGCAUUUUUAGAAUGAAGACACUUGUGGUGUAGUCGAGCUGAGCGCAUGAUGUUAAUCUAUCUGAGCCCGGUUUCCCAAAAACAUUUUAAGGCUAAGUUCAUCUUAGACCAUAGGAUGCUUUUGGGGAAACCUGGCAUUGGUGAUCUGAACAUUGGACUGAAAUUAACCUGAGGGGAAGAAGCGGAAAAGCAAAGGGAAUAUUAUUUUUUAUUUUCGUAAUUCAAUUGAGUGAUUA